AGUCCCGCCGCGGCAAUGGCUGCGGCGGCCUCGCCGGCAGCGUGCGCGCGGGCGUCGGCGUCCGGCGCCCGCGCGGGGGGCCGCCUCGCCGGCCGCACCGCCGCCCUCCCGCCGGACGGGCGCGGCGACGGCGCUGCAUCCUACAAGGAGCUCGGUCUUUACUCCUUGAAAAAGAGGAUUGAAGAUGCAGUUGUUCGGGUUGAAAUGACCGCAUCCAGUGCUCUUGAGUUGGAGGAAGCACGGAGAAUUAAACAGGAAGAAGUACUGCGGAAGCGUAAUUUGUGGGAUAAUCCUGCUAAGUCACAUGAGACGCUCUCUGCUCUGGCUGAUGCCAUCAGGGUGGUCGACCAUCUAAAAGAUCUUUGCUUCAAGGCUGAAGAGGCAAAGUUAAUAAGUCAACUAUCGGAGAUGGAUGCCAUAAAUGGUGAGCUAUUUAAGCAAGCAUACAAAUCCUCAGUAGAUGCUAGCGAGUAUCUAGAUCGCUACCAGAUGCACAAGCUUCUUAAGGGUCCGUAUGACAAGGAGGGAGCUUGUAUUAUGGUUACUGCAGUAUCAGACGGUGUUGCUUCUGAGCUAUGGGCAGCGAAGGUCUUUUGCAUGUAUACAAGUUGGGCACGGAAGCAAGGUUGCAAGGUUGGGUUGAUUGAGAAGGUUCCUUCAAAGAAUGGCCAUGUCCGGUCUGCAGCAAUGGAGAUUGAAUCAGAGUAUAUGUUUGGCAUCCUUUCUGGAGAAAAAGGAAUGCAUCGAAUGACAUACUCUUCCCUUGAAAAUUCUGACACUUGUCAGGCCUUAUCAGCUAGAGUCGACGUAAUUCCCCUGUUCUUGGAUAGACCAAUUAAUCUGCACUUGGAUGACAAUGAUAUAGAGAUCGCCCCCACACCUUGUGAAUAUAAGAAGCGUGAUAGCAGAAAUUGUGCUGCUGUCAGGGUUGUACACAAACCAAGUGGAGUCACUGCUGAAAGUUCAGGUGAGAGAAGCUACUUUGCAAACAAGCUAAAAGCUACGAGUAGGUUGAAAGCAAAGCUCCUCUUAAUAGCUAGAGAAUUGGGAGUAUUAGACAUGAAGAUGAUCACCAAACAGGCUAUAGAGGACAAGUGCAAGCGUGAAACGCGAAGGUACACAUUUGGGCCUCAGAAGCUGGUUCAUGAUCUCAACACAGGCAUCCAGUUAUCAGAUUUGAACUUGGUUCUGGAAGGUGAUAUAGAGCAAUUCAUCAGAGGCCGUAUUAUCGCCAGGCAAUGAUGAUACACCUCACUGAUUGACUGAUUAUGUUCCCACAUCGCGAUCUUGUACAUUUAUUUCUUUUCUGAUACAUACCACACCACAUCAAAAGAUGACCUCUGUAAAAUGUAUCACAUUUCAAGCCAAAAGGCAUGACACCAGGUAUACAAAACACCAUCUGCCCCAAGUACGACUAAAUUUGUGGUUGUAGGACCAGCUAGAAGUAAAAUUUGGUGGGAGAAAUCUCAGGACGGCUGGCCCGGCCCCUCCGCCUCAGCUCAGCGGCAUGUCUUUCGUGCUGAAUGCAAAGAAACACAAGUCAAGUACUGUGAACUGAUGGAUGAACAUUGGUUGUAUUGAAGGGAUCAGAAGGACUCGCCCAUGGAUUGAAGGGCCCACAUCCCAAUUUUUUACCGAGCAAAUGCACGAGACAUUUCGUGGGUGAAUGACCAUGGACUACUAUGCCAUAAAUGAUUUGCACAAGCACCUUGACUUUUGGGCACUAGUGGGCAUGAUUGCUACCAACUAGCACAAAGGGUCUAGUGGCUAGUGGCCACCCCGUUAAAACCCGUCACUACAAUGCAUUUGUGCUGGCGAGUGUUUAUGUCACCACAAAUGCAUUUCAAUUUAUAUUGAUGGGAGGGCUAAAUGUUUCUAACUAGCCAAAAACUUAA